AUGGUUCCCCGCGCUGCAUCGUCAAAUGCCAAAUCUCGGCGCACAUCCCGAGCUUGCGACUUCUGUCACAAACGAGGCCGGCGCUGUAAGAAAGACACCGAAAGUCCUCUACAAUGCACCACUUGCAUCGACUUUGGAGUAGCAUGUACCUGGAGUCGAGUCCCAGCAAAGAGAGGCACUAAACCUCGUUCCGGUAAUAAAGCAGCACCUUGGACACUGAGCGAGACCAAACAUGGAUCGAUCGAAUUGAUCGAACAACUGAUUGAUAAUUUCUUUGAAGCCGUAUAUCCAGUGGCUAUAACGAUCCAUGAGCAGACAUUUAGAGAUCGCUGGAACACAGGAAAAAUGCCCGACAGUCGUGGGUCGUACGCUAGACUCAUGGCCAUGUGCGCUGUGAGCGCUCUUCGAAUCAAGAAUGGGGCCGUCCUGAAGGAAAGAAGUGUACCGAAUGAUCUGAAUCCCAGACUAUAUUUCGACGAGACUCUUCAGGCUCUUCCGGAUAAUGUGAACGAGUUCGAAGAAUUUGAAAGUCUACAGGCUACUGGACUUGCUUGCUUAACUGCUCUUCACUACAGCGAUGGACCUCUUCUACAUCAAAUUCUAGGGUUAUAUCACGCUGUAGUAGCAGAGCAGGGGUUUGGGGACGAAAAAAGAUGGCCGCGUGGACUAUCUGAAAUCGAUGCAGAAGAACGAAGAAGGCUUUUCUGGCACAUGUAUCGCCUCGAGGUACAUACGUCUCUCGUCAUUGGCCAUGUCGUCCGGUGUCCAGAAUUGCAAUCAUCCGUCGCCUACCCUACCAUACAGGAUAUCGAUUCUAUGGACCCCGAGGAUCGUAGUGACUCAGAAUGGCUUAGCGGGUGGAACUUUGUCACAGACCUGUACAGGGGGAUUGAGCAUGUAAUUGCCCAGUUCAAAUACCGGCGUGCAUCGGUCAAUCUCGACCGUCGACGUCUAUCUACUUCCUUUGUCCUGGACUAUGAUCCUCAGAAGAAGAUUCUGGAUCCACUAGCCGCAGCGCGCGAGGACUUGCCUGACCGGUUCAAGAAAGCCAUGCCAGUCUCAUAUAAUACUCGCCGAAAUCGGUGCGGCUAUCAGACGGCAAACAUUGCAUGCACUUACCAACUUCUGAGAAUGGUUACGUUCAGUGCGUAUCAUACAACAACUCUAUACGAGGCGUGUCAGACAGUACUUGAAUUAAUUGACGAAAUAUCAAACAUACCAAUUGAGUAUCUUCGCGCGAUGGGACUGGCUAUGUUACAGGAGCUCUCGGGCUUCGGUCACAUAUUGAGCAGCUUCAUCAACGAAGGGCUAUCGAAGUCAGACUAUUACCACCUGAGAACUGUCAUGCUUUGUAUGUCGGAGCUACUCGAAAUUCUUUCAUCUUGCAUGGCGUCUGCCACGGAGGCUGGCCAGCGGCUGCGUGCAUAUGUGGAAGACAUUGAUCGAUUGCUUGACAUACCCCAGACCCCAGAUAGACAGACACCCACCGAAGAAGACGACGGACAGUCUCAAGCUGUUGAUAACACAUUGGACUUAUUAUCACCGGACCUGCUGGUGCCAUUGGAUAUACUCCAACGGAUUCCAUGGCCUGCAGCCUGGGAAGAAUCGGUGGGCCUUUUCUAA